AUGGGAAAAGUUGGCGAGAAGCUUGAUAUAGACUUUGUGAUAUCAACCGGGGAUAAUUUCUAUGAUAGUGGAUUAACCGGUGUUGAUGACAAAGCAUUCGAAGAGUCAUUUACCAACAUAUACACGGCUAGGAGCUUGCAAAAGCAAUGGUACAGUGUUUUGGGAAAUCAUGAUUAUAGGGGCGAUGUACAAGCACAAUUAAGCCCUGUCCUUCGUCAGAUGGAUCACCGGUGGUUUUGCAUGAGAUCCUUCAUCGUGGAUGCAGAAAUUGCAGAAUUUUUCUUUGUGGAUACAACUCCUUUUGUCAAAUCAUAUUGGAACGAGCCAUGGAAGAAUAAUGACUGGAGAGAUGUGUCUCCUCGCCAGAAUUACAUCUCAAAUCUCUUGAAGGAUUUGGAUAUGGCAUUGAGGGAGUCAACAGCAACAUGGAAAUUUGUCAUUGGACACCAUGCAAUCAGAAGUGUUAGCAUACAUGGAGAUACUGUUGAACUUGUAGAUGAGCUUCUCCCUAUUCUUAAGGCUAAUGGUGUUGAUUUAUACAUGAAUGGCCAUGACCAUUGCCUUGAACAUAUUAGUAGCAGUGAUAGUCCAAUUCAGUAUUUAACAAGCGGAGGUGGCUCAAAAGCGUGGAGGGGCGUUUAUACGCCAAAUUCGGAUAAAUUGCGGUUAUUUUAUGAUGGCCAAGGUUUCAUGUCUAUAGAAUUGACAAAAAAAGAAGUGAAAGUUGGGUUCUAUGAUAUCUUUGGGCACCAUUUGCAUCAAUGGGGCAUGACAAAAGACUUAAGCCCUUCAAUAUAGGUGAAAUGAAUAAGAGGAUAUUGGUAUUGGGGAUUUUGUUGGUAGCAAUUUGAUGUAAUUGCAUCGUUCAUUUGUUGGAUGAUGAGUUUAUUACGUUUGACUAUAUGUAUAUUUGACUAUUCGGUAUUUACCUAUCAGAAUAAGCUAGAUUCUGCCAGCUUUGUUUCCCUUGCAU